AAGUCAACACAACCGAAUAAGAGAUCCUGCUUCCUUGCUACUUCCUUACUGCUCAGAGAAGGCAAAUCAAUGGCACCAGUUUUAGCUCCCAAAUUUUAGUUAAUAGAUCAAUGAAACUUCAGAAUGUUUUUUAAAAUUAAGUCUUCGCUUUUGUUGACUAGGCUUGACUUUAAUUGAGCCUUCAACUUAUGUUCAACAUGUGUGUUGCUUGCAUGAGCUAGACCUUCAAAUUGAGUAAUGGCACCAAGAGAUUCGCGUUUGGAAGCAGCCCAGAAAGCAAUAAACUCAAUUGGGUUGGGUUUUGACAUAACACAAGAUAUAGAUUUUGACAACUUUAAGAGGGGUUCAAGGUUGAUAUUUAUCAAUGAUGAACAAUGCCGUCAUCUUGAGAUUCCUGGCGGGAUUUCAAUUCCAAAUGUUCCAAUCUCUAUCAAAUGUGUCAGAGGGGAAUCAAAUAGAAUCCAUUCAGAAGUUCUCACCUUGCAACAGAUGUUGGAAUACUUCAACCAAGAAAUGUGUCUGGGAGGCAAAACUGCAUCUGGUCAUUUCUGUGCUUCAUUUGGGUUAUCUGGUAGAUGUAUAAAAGAUUUGGCUUCUAUCAAGUCUCUUGCUUAUGAUGGGUGGUUCAUCAAACGCUAUGCCAUUGAGUUAGAAAGAUAUCAUGGUGAACUCCUUGAUCAUGUCAAAGAAGCUGUGCCAUCAUCAUGGGACCCUGAGGCCUUGGCAAGGUUUAUAGAACGUUUUGGAACUCAUGUCAUAGUUGGGGUGAGCAUGGGAGGGAAGGAUGUGUUAUACGUUAGACAAGAGGAUACAUCAUAUCUUCUUCCAACAAGUAUUCAAAAGCUUUUGAAGGAUACAGCUAACAUGACGUUCAUGGAUUCUGCAGAAAAGCAUUGCCUAGCUUCUGAAGACUUAAGUAAUGAAAAAGAGAACCUUUUUGUGAUGCAUAGUAGGAGGGGUGGAAGCAGUCAAAAGAUGUAUCAUACUGAAUGGUUAAAUACUAUUGACUCAGAACCUGAUGUAAUAUCAAUGUUUCUUCUCCCUCUGACAUCCCUUUUGAGAAGUACCCGAGGAAGUGGAUUCGUGAGCCACGCCAUAAAUCUCUAUCUUCGUUACAAGCCUCCAAUUGAAGAUCUCCAUGAGUUCUUUGAGUUUCAACUACCAAGACAAUGGGCACCUGUGCUUAGUGAGAUACGUCUUGGUUCUCACUGGAAGCAUCAAGUGAACACCUGGCUACGAUUUAGUAUCUUGGGUCCUAAGCUUUACAUAAAUACAAUUCCAGUAGAUGUAGGUAAUAGACCAGUGAUUGGGCUGAGAUUACAAUUGGAAGGGAGAAGAAGCAACCGGUUGGCCAUUCACCUGCAGCAUCUGGCUUCUCUACCUAAGUCCUUACCACUUUCAGACAAUGCAAAUGCAUACUUGUCUUGUAACUCGUACAACUGCAGCUUCCAUAAAAAAGUUAAAUGGAACAGCUUCUCAUAUGUUUGUACUGCUCCUGUUGAAUCAGAUGAUAGUGUUUCCAUUGUGACAGGAGCUCAGUUACAAGUUGAAAAGAAGUGUCUCCUUUUAAGGUUGCGCUUCUCCAAAGUCAUUGGUGCCACUCUACAGAAGGCACCUGAGUGGGAUCAAUCCUCCAGUCUUGGCCACUUCAGCAUCAAAUCUGGGGGCAUCUUAGCAUUUAUUUCCAAAGAGGGACAAAGGGGUCAUCCAAAGCCAGGUGAUAAGACAAUUGGUUCAACUACAUAUUCUGCUGCACGCCCUGCACCAGUCCACACACCUAAGCUUCAAAGGUUUGUUGAAACAAAAGAAAUGAUUAGAGGACCAGAAGAUACUCCGGGAUAUUGGGUUGUGUCCGGAGCAAGGCUUUCUGUUCAGAAUGGAAAGAUAUAUCUCCUUGUUAAGUAUUCACUGUUUUCCUUCGUUAUGCAAAGUGAAACUGAAGCUUCAUAACAGUGUUCUAAUGAUCAAUUAACCUUCCUUUGAAGUCAAAGGUGCCUGACUGCCUGCAUUUUUAGCGGGUUUGGCUUUGACAUUAGAUUUUUCAUAUACAUACAUGCAUACGUGUGUAUCCAUGAAUGCAUGUAUGUGUUGUUUAAUUUAGUCCUAUCAUUUCUACAGACCAAUUUAUGGCAGAUUCGUCAAUCGUGUGCAACUAAUUGCCAACAAUGGAAUUGAAUUAGAUAUAAUAUAUAUCACCUUAGCAUAUACUUUUCUUUAAAGUUCAAAAUUGGUUUAUUUUUUUGGGGGGUUAUAAACUAGAUUUACAUGUAAAUAAAAUUGUAAACUUACCUAGCCCAAUGUAACUUCAGCUUGACAGUUUAAUUAUGGUUCAAGUGAAUUAGGACUUUGGGGGCAAGUGUCUAAGCAUGCUUAUCCGUUACAAAGCGUAUUUAAUGUAAGGGAUUGUCUAUUUUAAAAUAAGAGUGAAUGAGAGUAUAAUUGAAGCAUAUUUUUUUUAAAGGAAGAUAGUUUAAUUUAGUCAAUUUUUUAAUAAUCCAAACUUGACAAGUUCUUGUGAAAAAUACCCCUAUAUGGUCAAAAGUCUUUCAAUUGCAUGGCGUGAAAGGUCAUAGAAGGAUGAGAAACCAAGAUACACGUUACCAUAGCUGCUCAAUACGAUUCUUGGAGCAAUGAAGAGUAAGGGUGAAAUCUAUAUUAUCAUGUUUGAAACGGGGAAAAAAGAUUCUGGGAAGAGCUUU